AUGCCGUCUACCAGCUUAUCGCAGGCAGAAGCGCAACUGUACACACUGCUGGUGGAGUCCAUCUUCUGGGGCUUGCACGUCGUUUCGCUCGUGUUUUGUCUGAGAUGUCUUCUGCGGGUGGAGGAUCGCUGGAAGAAAGCCGCAGAAAUAAGCAAAGUUAUGCUUUGUGUCGUUCUGCUUAUGGCGUGUAUUGGCACACUCGAUCUGGUUAUGACGAUGGCCGCAAACCUCAAUACCCUUGCGGCUCGUGAUGGGCCAGGCAACUCGUUUAACUCUUCUGGAUGGAUUGACAUCAUAGGGGUUGUCGAUGUUAUCGUUCAAAUAAUCCUUGGGGACGUGAUGCUCAUUUAUCGCUGCUUCAUUGUUUACAGUCGAUCAUGGCGGACUAUUCUCGUACCGCUGGUGCUUGCAUGCUGCGGCAUCGUGCUUAUCAUAUUGGUUAUCUUCUUCCAGAUCACCCUCCCCUCCGGCGCUCAGCUGGCUAGUCCUUAUUUCCAACUCACCAUUGCUGCGUGGGCUAUGACGAUCUCCAUUAACAUUAUCACGACUGGUUUAAUCAUCUACCGCAUCUGGAGCGUCGACCGAAACAAUCUACAGCUCAUGAAUGUCGCCAAUCGACACGUAUACCGCAACGCCCAGCGCGUAAUUAUCGAAUCGGGACUGCUGUCUACGACAGUCACGGCUAUUACGGUCGUGGUCUACAUUACCGGCAGCCAGGUAUUCUCUCCACUUACAGGGAUCGACAUUCAAGUGGUCGCAAUCGCCUUCAAUUUAAUACUCAUUCGCGUUCACCACAACCGGUCUCUCGAGGCCAGGCAUGCAACGGUCACUUUGGGGACGAGCCAUCCGCCUGUCGGCCCCGUAGCGCGCCGCUCGACUCUCCGCUUUGCCCCAGGGACGACUAUGCUGUCGUCAGUGGAUGGUGGAGACACAGUUCUUCUGUCCGUCAAUGUGCAGGGGUCUGAAUCCGAGUCGCGCAUCAACCCGCUUGAAUCUGUGGAUGAGAAAAGUACCAAACAUUCGUCGGAUUUGGGUCACUCGAUAGAGACAAAAGAUGUCGGCCGCGACGCAUCAACACCUUCCUCUUCUGUGUUUACCUCCCAUGUAUAA